UUCGGUGCAUUAUACGUCCAUACUGAACGUCGUGUCGCUUAACGACAAUUGUUUAUUUUUUAUCAGUUUCUAAGAUCCUUGGUAAUUAUGAAUUAAAGAAGGUGUAGUAGCUGGUAGUUACGACAUGGCUGAGUACCGAUCAGGCUCUUAUUGUGUAUCAUCAGGAGUAGGCAGUGAUUCUGAAGUCAUGGCAGAGUUAGCAGCAUUUCUUGGUCAGGAAAUUCCUGAGGGAAGGAACAAUUUGGCUGAUAAUCAUAUAAAUCUUGAGAGGGUUGCUGAUUAUUGCGAAGCUAAUUAUUUUCAAGCAGAAAACAAGAGAAUAGCUUUAGAAGAAACCAAAAAUUUUACCACUCAAUCACUGGCUAGUGUAGCCUAUCAAAUAAAUACCCUUGCUUAUAAUUUUUUGCAACUAUUGGAUUUACAAACAUCUCAGCUUGCUGAGAUGGAAAGUCAAAUGAAUCAUAUUGCUCAAACAGUUAUGAUACACAAAGAGAAAGUAGCUAGAAGAGAGAUUGGAGUACUAACAGCUAACAAAAUCACAGUACGUCAGUACAAAAUCAUUGCACCAGCAAAUCCUGAGAAACCAAUUAAAUAUGUAAGAAAAAGCAUUGAUUAUACAAUCUUGGAUGAUAUUGGACAUGGAGUACGUAGUAGUGGUACUCCGAGGAGCAAACAACGUGGUGGAAGUCAAGGCAGUGUACAAAGUUUAGGGGCAACUUCUACUGCUUCUGGAUUAGGUGCUGCUAUGGUAGGACCGGCUCCUACCACUAAACCACCUACUCCUCCUCAAACAGUAAGAACUGGAACAUUGAGCAAAGGAUCACGAGAAUACAGGACACCACCUGCAGUUGCUCCACCUCAAGUUCCUAGUCAUUAUGCUCCUAAUUAUCCAUUGGGUCAUCCAAGAAGAGAACGUGGCCCUGGUUAUAGUACAUUACCUUUACAUGCACAUACCACAUCUCAUGCAACUCAUAAUACCAAUCACAAUGCACAUACAAACACUGUAACCCAACAUACUUCACCACCUCAAGUAGGAACAGUUCAUCCAUUGCAAAGUCAUCCACAAACACCACCACCAGCACCACCUAGUGUAACAGCAGGCUAUGUCCAAGAACAUAAUAGUAUGCCUCCACCACCUUCGCCAUUAGUCGGCAUAACUGGCAAUACGUUAGAUUUUACGAAUUAUCACACUUUAUCAGAAAGAUUAGGUCAUCAAGUUAGUCGAAGUAGUGGUGCAAAUAGCCCACCAUUACCACCGCCACCACCACCAGAGCAAGAAGAACAUCCGCAAUUUGGUAGGCCUACACAAUCUAGCGGUGCUAUUAUGCCUAUUGUUCCAGAUGAAGAAGAUCUCCCUGGUUGGGUUCCAAAGAAUUAUAUCGAGAAAGUUGUGGCAAUAUAUGACUAUUAUGCCGACAAAGAGGAUGAGUUGAGCUUUCAGGAAAGCUCUGUGAUUUAUGUACUGAAAAAAAAUGACGAUGGGUGGUGGGAGGGAGUCAUGGAUGGUAUAACGGGUUUGUUUCCCGGAAAUUAUGUAGAACCUUGUGUUUAAUAAGUGCUUCAAUGUUGCAUUUAGAUAUAUCAAAAUUGUGAAUAUCGGUGGUUAUUCACAGAAGACUGCAAAUUCAAGGGACACGUUCCUUGAUUUUAAUAUCUUUAAUAUCUGUAAUAAUCGUAAGACUAUACUAACAUGAUCGAUGCGAGGAUACAUGAGAAAACAUAAUAUAAAAUAUAAUGUGAAAGGUGAUAAAUGUGUAAAUUUCAGAUUCUUCCAUAAAAAUCUCAAAUAUCAUGCGAAUUUUCUAAAAAUCAAACUAACCGAUCUUUAUAUCAACAUAAGAAAGUGUAUUUUUUGGUAAAUAGUAUUAUCUUCGGUGGAUAUUAUUUUAUCUCGAUUCCAAUAGAUCAUAUUUAUAUACACAUAUGCAUAAAGGAAUAUAAUUAUUAAUUAAUUGUUAUUCCAUUAUAUAAUCAGUUAGCUAUUAAUUAUAUUUAUGUAUCUUAAGCGUAAUCAGUACGAUGUUAGUAUUAGAUUAAUGAGCAAUCAAAAUACCAAACGUCCUGUUGUCGUGUAACGAGAAUCUUUGCGCCUUAUACUGAAUGUGACUUUGUAAUAUAAAUUGUUUUAUUUUAAUGGUUAGCAGUGUAUCAAUCUUAGAAUUUUAUUUCUCGUAAAAUUAAGUCGACGAAAUUAAUCCUCAUUUGAUUGUCUUAGGAAGUAUACCAGGUCGUAAUAUAUUCUUAAUAGAGUCAGUUAACGAGCACAUGAAUCGUUUAAGACGUAAUGAUUUCAUUUAAUUACGUACCGCAUAAUAGAAGCAUUUUGUACGGUACUACUCAUUAAUGGACUAUUAAAACAGAUAUAAGUAUCUCUUAAUUGGCCGAGUAAUGCUGCGAUUAUCUCUUUCUCAUUUCUCACUAAAUUAUUCUUUUAUGUAAGCUAAAAACUUGUAUUGACAAUAAAGGUCUCGUUCUCAAGAGGAUUACAUAUUUUGAAGAAUUAUCACAGAAUUGAUACAGGAGAAUUAAGGCAGGAUUUUCAAACGAAUAACUAGUGGAUAGAAAAUGGAAUCUUUAAUUUUAAUAGGAAUUUUAAUGGAAGAUUUUAUUUCUUAUUAGGGAAGUAUAAUGAAUGUACGAAUACAAUUGUAUUUAGAAUCAAAUAAAAGAAUUGUAAUAAAAUUGCGGACGUUUAUCCAG